AUGCCUUUGUCAUUUUUAACUUUAGUUGCAGAUGAUCUGUGCAAGUACAAAAAUAUAGACCCUAAACUAAGAUGUAAAGAUCAAGAAGAUGAUAUAGUUGAUAAGUUAUAUAAUAAUGUAUUUCAGAUAGCUAAUGUUCCAAGACCUCCCUUAUUUGUCUCUGAAUAUCAAGAUGGAAGACUAAAGACCAUGAUAAAUAAAGGUACUACGACUUUAGGUUUUAUAUAUCAGGGAGGUGUUAUCCUUGCUGUAGAUAGUAGGGCUACACAGGGAGGGUAUAUAGCUAGUGGUUCAGUAAAAAAAAUUAUUGAAAUUAAUAAUUAUUUAUUAGGAACAAUGGCAGGUGGAGCUGCAGACUGCUCAUAUUGGGAGCGAGUUCUUGCAAAACUUUGUCGUUUACAUGAAUUAAGAAAUAAACAACGGAUAAGUGUGGCUGGAGCCUCUAAUUUAAUUGCAAAUAUUUUUUUUCAUUAUCGAAACUAUGGGCUUUCUGCUGGAAUUAUGAUUAGUGGAUAUGACAAGAAUGGACCCCAAUUAUACUAUGUGGAUAAUAGUGGAGCACGGGUAAAAGGUAAUAGAUUUUCAAUUGGAUCAGGAUCAGUUUACGCUAUUGGAGUUUUAGAUUCUGUGCAUCACUUUGAUUUAACCGAUGAAGAUGCUAUUGAAUUAGGAAGACGAGCUAUUACACAUGCUACAUAUCGUGACGGAGGAUCUGGUGGAUUAGUUAGAGUAUAUCAAAUAACAAGCCAAGGUUAUAAAGUCCAUAUUUCUGGACAAGAUGCAUCUGAAUUGCAUUACAAAUAUGCAGAAGAAUCAAAUAUUGAUCCUUGUGAAAUGUAG